GAAUUUUGUGACAGUUCCCUGGAAGCCAUUUUACGUAAAAAACUCGUGGUUUUUGCCGGUUUUCCUCUAAUUAUAUUAAACGAGAACACCGUUUAUUAUUAUUACCAUAAAUCGGAGUUAAAAUAAGAUGUCAGCGGCACAAUUUUUUAAUAGAAUUGGUCAAAUUGGUCUUGGUGUGGCCUUAGUUGGUGGUGUAGUCAACUCAGCUUUGUAUAAUGUUGAUGGUGGUCAUAGGGCAGUUAUUUUUGAUCGGUUUACUGGUGUAAAAAAGAGCGUUUCUGGGGAAGGUACUCAUUUCUUUAUCCCAUGGGUUCAAAGACCAAUUAUUUUUGAUGUACGAUCUAGACCAAGGAACGUCCCAGUUGUCACAGGAAGCAAAGAUUUGCAAAAUGUAAACAUCACCCUUCGUAUUUUAUUCCGACCAAUUCCUGAUCAAUUACCAAAAAUAUACACAAUCUUGGGUCAAGAUUACGAGGAACGUGUUCUUCCUUCGAUCACUACAGAAGUUUUGAAAGCAGUAGUCGCCCAAUUUGAUGCCGGGGAAUUAAUUACACAGCGUGACCUUGUCUCGCAAAGAGUUAGCAAUGAUUUAACCGAAAGAGCGGGACAAUUCGGUGUUAUUUUAGAUGAUAUUUCAAUUACGCAUUUAACUUUUGGUAAAGAAUUCACUCAAGCCGUUGAAUUAAAACAAGUCGCGCAACAAGAAGCAGAAAAAGCGAGAUUUUUAGUUGAAAAAGCUGAACAAACGAAGAAAGCUACCGUUAUUUCAGCGGAAGGUGAUGCACAAGCCGCUAUUUUAUUAGCAAAAGCAUUUGGCGAUGCCGGUGAAGGUUUAGUUGAGUUACGACGCAUUGAAGCCGCUGAAGAUAUCGCUUAUCAAUUGUCUAGAUCAAGACAAGUAUCUUAUUUACCUUCUGGACAAAAUUUAUUAUUAAAUGUGCCAACUCCUUCAAAUUGAAAUUAAAAAUAAAUAUGUGGGGAAGAGAAUAUGUAAUUUGAGUGCUUUUUUUGAAGGUUUUUGGACUUAAAGGGUGAUGUGAGAUUUAUAUGAUAGCCGAAUGUUUUUAAAUGGCUUCUGGAAGUGUCAUGUGGGGUUAAUUUUUUUUUAUUAAUAAUGUACUUUGCAUGGCAAAAAAUUGUAAAUCUCAUAUGUUGAGUAAAUUU